AUGUCGAACUUCAAUCUCAAGACUCACCCUGAGCGGCCGCAAGAGCUGCUGCUAACUCUUGACACGACUGGAGCCGGGAGGGAGGCCACCGAUCCCGUGACAGAUCCGCAAACCAUCGCCGAGUCACGCGUAGCAGAGGAAUAUCGGCAUUCGCCUGUCUCGAUUACUAUCAAUGAUCCUACAGCGCUGAAAAUGCUGGGCGAAAAGAUGUCUCACGAUGGCGGUGAUGGCAGCAUCGCAUUGAGCACAGACCGGGAGGAGAGGGUUCUUCGAUUGGCUUCCAUAGCGAUACUGGAAGUCGGAAUCUUGGCACCUAUCACACUGGAAGACGAGCUGACUCCCGAGGAACUCAAUGGUGGAACUGAUGGUCCGGUCCUUUCAUCCCUGAUAAAAUCCUGGCGUGAAGCCUUUCGCUCUCUGCCCGAGAAGCAUGCGAUUCAACGCGUACGAUUCAAUAUGCGCUGCCAGCAAAACCACGAGCCUCGACACAUUGUCCGCUUACUCCAGGAGGUCAGUACAGGCAUGUAUAUGAAAGCCAAAAGAGCAAUGGGCCGACAGCUGGUCUUCGAAGCCACAGGCUGCGAAGACGAUGCUAAGAAGCGCUGGCUGGAGGCAAGCUUACCAGCAGUGAAGAAGAAGUAG